AUUUCAUUUUUACCGACUUAUCUCAUCUCAUUUCAUUAAAAUCACCGGCGGCAAAAUUUCCAUUUCUGUACCGUCGAUAUGCAAAUUCCGACAAAAAUCCUAGAAACAUUUAACUACUUCGCCGGAAUUUCUCCCCUCCAUAAAUUUCCCCCUUUUCAUCCUCAAUUUCUCCGCUCUUAUCAUCAUCGUAGCUCAAUUCCGAAUUCCAUUUCUUAUUUUUCUCACCGGAGUCACUCUCCUAGGGUUUUCUGUAACUUCGGCGAAGAUGCCAGGAGUGAAACACGCCUUAAAGGUAGAAAUAGGAGUAUAAAAUGUGAAAUUAAAACUAAAGCGAAAGGAAAGGAUAAUGUCUGGAGCGUCGAUAAUGAGGUUGCGAAAGAGGUGGAAGAAAAAAAGAGAGGAAAGCAGCGAAGAAGGAGGAGAAGUGGAAAGAGUGUUAAAAAUUUGAAGAAGAUUGGUAAAGAUUCUAAUCUUAUGGUUUCUGGUGCUAUGUUAAUGGAAGUUGAAACUGUUUUGCAAACUCAGGAGCCUGUUAUUCGACCAGCUUGGUACACUUUUGUGAGUAGCGUAAGCGGGAUUUGGAAGGGAGUUGGAGCAGUCUUCUCACCCAUUACUGCUGAAAUGGAACCAAUCGAUACAGGAGGCAAUGAUGAGUAUUUAUUUGAUUGCUAUACUCUUUCUCGAGUGCAAGCUUCACAAUCUGGAAGUAAUACCUCUCAAAUUCAGAGAAAAACCAAUUGGGUUACUCUAAACCCUUACGGUGAGAAAGAAUUAGAGAAUGGUGGUAGUAACAGCAACAAAGGUGAGGGGAAGCAUGACAACUUUUCUUCAGGUGUGAAGGCAAAAGGCCAUAGGGGAAAGGCUGAUUACAUUAUGCCGAAGUUUGAGAAUUUUGAUUUUGCAAAGUGUGAUGUGAUGGAAGAGGAUAUCAUGAGGAUGGAACCUGGUCUUGUUUUCUUUGAGGAUGGAUCUUAUUCUCGAGGACCAGUUGACAUUCCAGUGGGUGAAGUAGAUGAAUCCAAGUAUUAUCUUUCUCCAAUGUAUAGAUUUGAACAAUGUUUAGUCAAGGGCUGCCACAAGAGAUUACGUAUUGUGCACACUAUUGAGUUUAAUAAUGGUGGUGCAGACAUUCAGAUACUAAGGAUUGCUGUGUAUGAAGAACAAUGGGUCGGUCCGGCAAACUUUGUUGAGGAUAGUGAGGUUGAGCUUGAUAUGAAGCCAUUUUCUCAGAGAAAAAGAACGCGCCCAUCAGAGCUUACAGGACCAUGGAAGGUGUUCGAGAUGAGUGCUACACCCAUAUUUGGUGAUGACCCGAAAUCUGAGAAAAGCAAUGGCCCUCCUUUUGUUUAUCUUUGCAUGGAGACUAUGAAAAAUAGAAGCUUGCCUGAGAAUCCCGCAUAUUUCGGUGAAGAAGAGAUGAUAGACAUGCAGGAUGUGGCUGUUCUUUGGCUCCCUGGUGGUGUUACCACUUAUGUUGAUGUCAACAAAGAUGGAGUUCUUUGCAUUGGAGUCGGAUGGUACUCUGAUGAAGGUAUUAACCUCGUAAUGGAGAGAGAUUAUGAAACAGAUGGGAAACUUAGAGAGGUCCGGUGGAAAUCUGAGGUAAAGAGAAGAUGGUCAGAAUCAGAUUCUCUCCCUUCAUAGAGUAACCAUUGCAGUAUUAAAUGUAUUAUCAAGUUCAACGUUGAGUGUUACCUGGGUAUUUUGUUCUUGAAGAUAGAAGUAUCAACUAAGACUACAUGCUAGUGGUUACCUGGAGGGACUCCAUCAUACUUUCUCCGUUCCAUAUUAAUUGCAACAUUAUAAGACUUGGCAUUAUUCAUUCAAUACUCUCAAUUUGUAAUUACUUUUUAAUCUAUAAAUUAAAACAUAGUCAAGUGAGAUUUUGAUUGCU